AAGAACAGUUAAGAAAAUUUUAUGCGAUUAUCUUCGGUUAAAUUAUGGAUUUUAUAUCGUAUCCAACUUUGGCGUCUUCUUCUUCCGAUGUGCCCCAGGCUUUGUGGUUCCACGCAAACGCUCGUGGAAGACACAAGCAUUCCGGCCGAUUACAUUACCAUAUGGAAUAUCUUGCGCGAAAAUCAGGCGAAAGGAAGGUUCGGCGAGUUAUAUUAGAGACUCAGUCCGAUACGAUCACUGAUCCUCUUGCGUCCACCCAAACUAUAAUUGAAAAUAUAGAGGAAAUGAGACUAGAACUGAAAUUUUUAUGUCCCAGUCCGAAGACAAAAGAGAGAGCGGUUGAGCUUUGGCAGAUUACAUUUGAUGAGAGAAACGUAAUCCGACAACAAUCGAAAAUAGAUGUUUACAUGAAUGAGUAUCCGGUUUUUUCUGCAUUCAAUGGAUUAAUGAUUGAGUUGGAUUUUACCAUGCUAAUGCCAAGUGCAAAAAAAUUUGCAGAAGAGUUUGAAAGUAUUAAACCGAAAAUACUUCAGAUUUAUCACGAUGCCUAUCUCAACAUUUCGAACGCCCCUGCCGGCGCAACAAUUCUUGUCCCAACAGCUGGUAUGUCCGUUUUGGAUCGGGGGGGUUGCGGCUGGUGGCCCUGGUUGGACACCGGAAGUGCACCAGACUCUGAGCGCACGCAGGACAGGAGUCCACUUGCAUACUGUGACUGGUGGUGGUUGCAGUAA